AGCUAAUAUAUACUGAGACCUUAUUGAUUGAUAUUUGAUAAAAAUAAAAUGGGAUAUAAUUAGAUAAAUGAUCUCAAAAUUUGGAAUUCCAAACUAGAAAUAAUAUAGAUACAGCACAUACAUAUUUUGGAAACAAUGGUCGAUAGAUGAGCGAGAUUUUACAAGAUGGGAAUGGGUGUUGAUUUCAUGGUAUUGCUUGUGUUUGUCACAGCAGUUAUAAGCACACUUUUACAGUACAACAUUGUUGGUGCCUCUGAUUCAAACAAGUUUUACUGUCACGGAGAUUAUUGCAGAACGGAUGAACCGACUGAAUUUUGCAGCGAAACUUACAGAAUAUGUCGACCUUGUACUGAUAUUUUAGAUGACUGUUUAUCUUCACAGUUACCUAGAAACUGCUCAAGUACUUGUAUCAGGCAUAAAGUAGAACAGCAGAUGAAAGAAUUACAAGGAACCGCAUGCCCUGUUCUGACUGAAAUAACCCAUGGGAAACAUAAUGGUUCCCUGACGGAUACUCAUAAACCUGGGGAGGUCAUCGAGUAUACUUGUGACAAGGGAUUCCGACUACACGGCGAUGGCUAUAGGGAAUGCAGACAAUAUGGGUACUGGUCGAAUGACAUCCCAACAUGUAAAGAACCGGAAUGUCAGAUACUACCCAGUGUAGCAAAUGGGAUGCACAAUGGGUCUUCAAACACUUGGACAACAGGAACGGUUGUUGUGACGUCGUGCGCGGUUGGGCAUCAGAUGCAUGGUAAAAGCACAACGGUUUGCAAUAGUGACGGUGUUUGGUCGAACUCUCUGCCUGUAUGCAAAAGGAUUACGUGUAUGCAGCAGCAUCCAAUUCGAAAUGGCAUAUGGCUUUAUUCACACAAAGCUUUAAGGCGGUAUGUGUCGGGACAUAUAUUACGGGCAGAGUGUGAGCAAGGAUAUGUAAUGGACGGGCAACCUGAAUGGAAUUGUACCGACGAAGGUUAUUGGGAAAGCAGUGGUAGUCUAUACAUGCCUGUGUGUUUUCUUAAGGGCAAAUUAGCCACAGUCCAAAGUAUUGCAUAGUAUAUUAUAAUAGCGCUUGGAGUGGCACUGUUUGUAAGCGUUUCGUCAAAUGUUGGAUGUCUUUACCUGUUGUUUCGGAAACGAUUGAUAUGUUGUUUUAAACAACAAAUGUAUGAGAAUAUGGUACCCCAACAGAAAAAUAGUGACAUUGAUAUUGAAACAUUUAAUGUCAAUGAAGAAAGUAGACGGUUACUUGAUAAAGAGGUAAUUUCACUGCGUGAUCAAAAACAACCUAGAGAAAAAGUCGUUUUAUCUGGAGAGAGCGACAUACCAGCACCAAAUACAUAUAACAGCCAAAGCAAGGAGCCCCCUGGCUCCUCUAGCAACACAGAUACACCACAGAGAACCCCGGAAAAUGUUACUGUUAAUAUUUUUAACAACAACAACAACAACAACACUGUUCAAAACAGAACGAUCUUUGAUAGCGCAGAUCAACAGACAACACCAAAAACCAUACCUACCGCCGAUGACACAUCACGAACAACCCAAACAGCACCGCCAAAGACAGCCCAGGACGACAAAGCGCCUGUGGAAGAGUCCGGGAUAUCAUGCAUACCGAGCCAACCGGAAUCAUCUGGUGGAACUCUACCGAAUCAGUCGGAAUUAUCUGAAGACAUGCUUCCAAAUCAGUCGGAAACAUCUAGUGGCGCUCUUCAGAAUCAGUCGGAAUCGUCUGGUGGCAAUUUUCAGAAUCAGUCUGGAUCUGCAGGUGGCACUUUUCCGAAUCAGUCGGAAUUAUCUAAUGGCACUCUUCCGAGACAGACGGGAUCAUCUGGGGGCACUUUACAGAGUCAGUCGGAAACAUCUAAUGGUAUUCUACUUAGUCAUCAGGACUUUGGUGCCACUGUUCGGAGUCAGAACAAAUCAUUGGAUGAUACAGAUGAUAUUAUGCAGCAAAUGUCAACGGUAACUGAUGCUCCGGAUGAUAACGAAGAAAGAAAUGCUACAACGCCUUUUUUAACAGACAAUAGACAAUAGGCAUGUCCUCGGCCAAAAUGUAGUUAUUCAAUAUAGUGAAAUUGACGCUGGUGAUACAGAUGUCUAAUGAAUGUUUAUAUUAUUUAAAGGGUCUGAAUAGGGAAAUGGGAAUAUUUCAAAGUUUCCAAUACGGGAAUUGCAACUCUUUUUUCCUGUUUGUACAUAUUACAUUUAACAGUAUACAUCUUUUAAUGUUAAAUACAUUAUUCACAAUUUUAAGCUGGAAAAUCUGUUUGAGAUACAAACGAGUACUUCAAAUAUUUCUAUUUGACUUUCAAUGAUCAUCAGUUUCUGCUAAAGUCCCUAAGGGUUUCAGGUUUUAACGGUAUCUUUUCCGUAAAUGUACCUUCAUUGCUUGAAAUGGUUCCACUAAAGUUGUAACUUGGGCUGAAAGAGUUACAUCUGUGUUCUUGGGAGACAUAACUAAACAGAACGUCAACUGUUGUUCAAUGUUUUGUUAUUUAUAUCGAAAACUUCGUUAUUAUUAUUCUGUAUGUUAAUAUUCACAUUGUACAUUAUAUGAUCAUUGUUAUUGUAAAAGCCAUUUAAUUUAUUGUUAUUCUAUGUUUCGUUAUUGUUAUUGUGUGUUUGUUACUGUUACUCAAUGUUUCGUUAUCAUGGUUAUUCAUGUUGUUAAAAGCACAUAACACACUUAUAAGAAUGUUUAAGAUUACAAUAUGUAUUGCUUUUUUUAGGUUGAAAUAAUUUUGUGCAUAUAGUGUACGGUUAUAUUUUGAAGAUAAAACAUUUUUUAAAUGUUUAAUGUACACAGUACUAUGAGCGUUGACAGUUUAGCAAUUCCUACUCAAGAUCGAGCGUUAAGCACAAUAUCUUAAAGAUUAUAUUGCAAUACUAAAUAUCAUCUUACAAAGGAAAUAUUAGUUUUACAAUACCCUAAAGGAAACAAGAGUAACCUUUUUCAAAAUAUGCUUCUCAUACAUUAAUACAUCCAAAGAAAUAUUACAGUACUUCAGUCUGAUUAUGUAACUAUGUAAUAUAUAUAGAGACUUACCCUAAGCCUUCUUUACACAAGGGAAACAAUCUGUUUAUAUAGUGAAAUUGUUGAGUGAACACCGUUUGUAACCCUAAUCCUGUACAUGUUAUAUCAGUACAAAGGAAAAGUAAACUAUCUAUGUUAAAUGCCAAGCAUGAUAACACAGUUAUGCAUCUAGCAGUUCUGAAAUUGAUUUCUUCAAUUUUCUCAUAUUUCUAGAUAUUUUCCCAUACUUUGACGCAUAUGUAUGAGUAGUUGAGAUUGUUCUCUUUCCAGCAGUAGCCUUACCAACAUACUUCACCAUGUGAAAUUCUGGGGGUUUUGACUUUUAAAAAAAAAUCGUCUGUUUGUUGACAAAUUUCAUCACAGGGAAUGUCCCACUUUCACCAGGGCAAUCAAUUAUUUGAUCUUUAUAUAGUUUUGUAUUCAGGUUGCUAAUCCAUGUGGCAAAUAUGCAUGCUUUUUCCAUGCAUAGAGGUAAAAAGGGCAUAGUUUGCAUGAGGUUCUAGGUCAAUAGCCACCUAAGCCUAUCAUAAAGUCUAAACAGAGUUGUGUCCAUUUUUUCCAAAUAUUUUACCCGGGAUCAUUUUUUUUCAGCUCAAAUAACUCUUUUUCAGGAAAUGAUGUAUUAAUAAUUUUUUCAGUCCUUGUAUUUUGAUGCAGGUAACUACACAUAUAUCUAAUAUAGACAGCUCCUACUUGAAGUUUAUAUUUUUAGUUACAAUGCCUAAUAUAUAUAUUAAGCUAUGAUACAGAUAUAUAUCCAACAUUGAUUUUACUUAUGUACAUGAUUCAUAAUCAGAUUUUUAGAUAUGAGUAUGCUAUGCACUUGCCAUGUAUUACAAUUGAAUGAUUGUGUGUGUUGCGUUUACUGCUAGGCAUGUUGCCUUUGUAUGAGUAUAAACGUCAAUCUCUCUAUAUUGGCAGUUAACCAAUGAUCUGCCGUGCAUUAUUCAUUAUUUAUGUUCCAACCUCCUAAAUAACGAAGACAAUAGCUAUCACAUGGCACUGUAGGAACAAUUAUGUUUUUAUUUUUCAUGGAAAUCACUGACAUUCUAUCAAGUGUAAGAGAGGGGGUACAUGCAUGCCAUCCCAAACUGUAUAUAUUUAUGACAUUGUAUUAUAUUUUGAUAUUAAUAUCUAUAUUUAUGAACGUAUUUUUGCAUUAUUUGUCUAUUGUUCACUGGUUGAUUAUAUGAGCAACACCAUGAGAAAACCAACAUAGUGCAUCCGCGCAGUCUAGUCAGAGGCCAUGCGGUUCGCUUUCAAAGCCAAUUGCAAUUAGAGAAACCAUUAGCGAACAACAUGGAUCCUGACGAGACUGCGCAGAUGCGCAGGCUGGUCUGGAUCCAUGCUGGUCGCAAAUGCACUAUGUUGGUUUUCUCAUGGCGUGGCUCAUAGGUUGUAUUUAAGUUGGCCAUUUUUUUACUUUGAUCUCGCUAGUAGAAUUUUGAGAGAAUAUGCAUAAUAACAUGGUAACUACUUUCAAUUUUGUACAUUCUGAUUAAUAAAGGGAGUUAAUCAUAAACAGUGAA